AACACGGAUUUCCCAACAUGUGACGUCAUUUGUAUCUGGCUUGCGUGACAUCCAAUAGAAAGGAGAAGAGAAAACUAGACAGCUUCUGCUCCGCUAGCCUGAAGCGCCAUCUUGAAUAGAAAGGGGGAUUUAAACCGAAAAAACACAAGAAAAAGAGGAAUUGGAGGAGUUAAACCGUUACUUUGGUCCGUGUUAUAAAUCCUCUCGGGUCAUCCUGGGACAGUUCUAGUCAUGAUUUCGGGCGGUUGUAACACAAAGUAAAGGCGGAUACGUGAGGAAAUCGGCUAGGAACUUGUUAGCCUUUACCCAGCUAGCAAGGGGGAGGGGCGAGGGGUUUGGGGGAUUCUUUUUUUCCGCAGCCGAAGUUGUUUGUUUAUGUUAUUCCAGACAGACAUGUCCUCUUCAAACCCAGAGUUAUCAGACCCAGAUCUGGGUCUGGGGGCAAGUGGGACCCAAGGAGGUGUCGGGGCUGUUGUACCAAAAGGGACCAACAAAAGAAGAGCUGCGCCAGACUUUGAUGAUGAUGAUGAUGACGACGAUGAAGGAAACAAGUUGUUCAGGUGUGACGAUGAAAUGGGAAGUGGCAAUGACAAAGAGCGCUUUGCCAGGGAGAACCACAGUGAGAUUGAAAGGCGAAGGCGGAACAAGAUGACUGCCUACAUCACAGAAUUGUCCGACAUGGUGCCCACCUGCAGUGCACUAGCAAGGAAGCCUGACAAACUAACUAUCCUGCGAAUGGCCGUGUCCCAUAUGAAGUCUCUAAGGGGAAGUGGCAAUACCAACUCGGAUGGGUCGUACAAACCUUCCUUUCUCACUGACCAGGAACUGAAGCACCUCAUUCUGGAGGCAGCCGACGGCUUCCUGUUCGUGGUGUCAUGCGAGACUGGCCGCAUUGUUUACGUCUCUGACUCCCUGACACCUGUCCUCAACCAGGCACAGUCUGAAUGGCUCGGCUCCUCCCUGUAUGAUCAGCUCCACCCGGAUGACACAGAAAAGCUCCGAGAGCAGCUCUCUACCGCCGAGAACAACAACACGGGUAGGAUGUUGGACUUGAAAACAGGAACAGUGAAGAAAGAAGGCCAGCAGUCGUCGUCCAGAAUGAGUUUGGGAGCCCGUCGAUCAUUCAUCUGUAGAAUGAGGUGUGGCUCUUGUCCCGUGGAACCUUUGUCCAUGAACCGACUGAACUUCCUGAGGAAUAGAAACAGGAAUGGUUUGGGUACAGCCAAGGAAGGAGAGCCCCAGUAUGUAGUGGUCCACUGUACCGGAUACAUCAAGUCCUGGCCCCCUUCAGGAGUGUCAUUAACAGACGAUGAGUCGGACAACACUCAGGGGAGUCGCUACUGUCUGGUUGCAAUCGGGCGAUUACAGGUAACGUGUUGCCCAGGUGACACGGACGUCAACAGUAUUAGUGUUCCAGUGGAGUUCAUCUCACGCCAUAACUGUCAGGGCAUGUUCACCUUCGUAGACCACCGCUGCAUGGCCGCUGUCGGCUACCAGCCACAGGAAUUAUUGGGGAAGAAUAUUCUUGAUUUCGCCUACCCUGAAGACCAGGGCUUACUGAGAGACAGCUUCCAACAGGUGGUGAAGCUGAAGGGUCAGGUCUUGUCGGUGAUGUUUCGGUUUCGCUCCAAAUCGAGAGAAUGGAUCUGGAUGAGAACCAGCUCCUUCACCUUCCAGAACCCGUUUUCAGAGGAGAUCGAGUAUAUCAUCUGUACCAAUGUCAACGUCAAAAACUCAACUCAGGACCCCCUCCCACCCAUCUCCUCCCCAGUGGGUUCGCUGCCCCUCUCCCUGGGUCAGAGCAGUCCAAACUGCCCUCCUGUAAUGCUCAGCCCUGGGCAGGUGGCUGCCAGGCAGUUGCAGCAGCAGCAGGCCGAGCUGGAGGGAGGCGGAGCCAGAGACGGUCUCUAUGAGGCCGGACCAAUCGCCCUCUCGCAGAUGCCGGUGCAACCAGUGACGGCGGUUGGGCCCGACCACAGCAAGAGCCUCGAGAAGCCAGAGCUCUACCCGUCCCUUUUCCAAGGCCCAGAUCAGACCAAGGGCCUGCCCUCUACCUCCACUCCCACCGCACAGAUCUACCCUCCAGCCAAUAGCUUCGCUGCUGGGCGUUCCAAUGAUGCAUACAGGCCAGUCAACAUGACUCCACAGAUGGCACCGCCAGCCCACUCAGCAGGGCAGAUGCUGGCUCAGAUGUCUCGUCAGAAUGGAGCCCCGCAGUCAGUCCCCCCCCCCAGCACUGGCACCCCCCUUCAUGGAGGACCAGCAGGAGGAUGGCCUGGAGCUGCAGCUGGAGUCCGACCACAAUUUAAUAACCAGGUGGCUCCCCAAGCUGCAAAGACCAUGUCUCCGCAGUUUGCGCCCAUGGGAGGAUUUGGCGGUGGCUCCUCCAACUCUUUUGGCCAGAUGCCAACCGGUGCCGCUCCCACCCCGACGAACAAUGCAAACUACCCGCCCAUCACUGCACAUGCCAGCCUCAACGGCAAUGGUUACGAUGGCUCUCGGUCCGGCCAGCAGUUCCCCUCUCGAGCAGCCGAGGCAGCAGUGUGGCCCCAGUGGCAAGGCCAGCAGCACUCUCAGAGUAAUGCGGAGCAGCACCCUCAUGCUCAGGGCAACCAGCAAGACAUUUUUCCUGUGAGUGAAACAAGUCUCUCGCUGGAUGUGGAUGUGGAUCUUGGUUUUGCCCUCUUCUUCUUCUUCCUGCUCUGCUUCUUCUUGUUGGUGACCAUAGUUCGCUGCGGUCAGAUGGUGCUCGACCCUUACAGUAACAUCUCUGUCGCGACAUACCAGGAGGCACAAACAGAGGAGUGA